AUGGCUACAACUGCCAAUCAAGUUGCCACCCAGGAGGCUGAAGCAAUCGAAGACCUAGGACCGUGGACAGUGGUUCCUGGUGGCGAUGUCAUGCUCGUUGUCGGCGCCAAAAAGGUUCAAAUUCUCGCCUCUGCAAGCUUUCUGAGCCACGUAUCUGCCAUGUUUGAGAAAAUGUUUUCUGGCGGAAUGAAAGAAGGCAACUCAAUCACCAACCGAGUUGACGGACAGCAAGCUCGCAUUGAGUUGACAGAUGACAACCCCGAAGCUAUCUACCAUGCACUGAAGAUUUUGUACGGAUCAGACCCUGGAUCCUUUAAGCUGCCCCCGCGAAUCAUCCGAGAUGUAUCUAUCUUUGCAGAUAAAGCAGACAUGGUGCAGCGCUUCAAACCCAUCUGCUCCCUCUGGCUGGAGACAGCACCGGGCUCAGUCGACAGACCCCAUCUCCAAGCAGGGUUCGAUCUGCUUGUCGCGUCGUACUGGUUCGACCACGGCGAAGGUUUCUUCAUCAUGAGCCAGUUCUUUGUUCGUACUGACAUCCCCUUGCUGGAGUUUGCCCUGGAACUUGGAGAUGAACCCCUUGGCCUUCGUCUGGCUUCAAUUGAAGAACUCAGGUUGGCAAAUGCCUACCGCAAUGAAACAAUUGGGCUUUGCCUUGAUUGUUUCGCUGCUGCCACUACGACAUUUGUGGCUCAACAACCUGGAUGCCGACGUGUCCGCCGGCACCUGAAGUGGGCCACAACCAACAAGGAACACUCGCGCCGCGGUAAUACAAACGUUCCGCAAGCCAAGGUUGAAGGCGAAGCGCUGCAAGAGAUUCCGCGACGUACACGCGCAGACGAUAUCUAUAUCACAAGACACGAAGCCUCAGGAGUAGAGUCAGGGAAGACCCGAUCAGGAAUUUUACUGAUGAACUUGCAAGACAUACAACGCGCCAAAGACACCCCCUAUAUAGACAUUGAAGGAGCCUGGACAGUUUUCAGACCGGGCUGGACAGCAAUUUCUUUUGUCCGCGAUGAUAUAACCACCUGGUACUCCUCAAGAAUGGAUGAAAAUGAGCGAACCGUGCCGGCUGGACGGGAGUCUGGCUCAUGUCAGCUACAUCGACGGAGAGGAAAGGGUAACCUGCAUAAUGGCGCCAUCGAGCUUCCGGCGGAGCAGCCCAGCGCAAUGAUCAUUGCGCUCCGGGCGCUCUAUGGGUCAGACCCCGAGUAUGUCGCUGCAGAGCGUCGGGCAAUCGCAGUCCUGUCUGUCCUGGCAGACAAGUAUGAUAUGAUGGCGAGUUCUGCCCGGUGGUGGCCAUCUGGUUAG